AUGUCAGCAGAAAGACAUAAUCUCUAUAAAAUCCAGCAAACAAUCCUUAAGGAAAUAGUUGAUAUUUCGGAAAAGGUAAAAACUGGAACAACAAGAAAAGCCGCUUUAGACGCGUCAUUAAAUUCAUUGGAGAACAAAAUGGGCGAAGCAAGGUUGUACCACUCAAAAUUGAGUGAAAUGAAGCCCAAAAACGACGCAUAUUUUAAAGAUAAUAUCUGGGAGAGAAUCCAGAACUAUUAUGAGGAAAGCAGGGAGCUGAUACAAAAAAGGAAAAAUGAGUUCCAAAAACAGGAGCUACAAGAAUUGGAGGUUGAGCUUCACAAAGCAGAGGAUUCAACAGCGUCAGGAGACAUUCAAAUAGAAAAUCCUGGAGCAGUGAAUACACCCGAAUGCAACAAUACAGCAAUAAUGCAGCAACAGUUUCGGGAGUUACAGGAGAUGUUGCUGCAGAAGCAGCAGGAGCAAAUAACAUCAAUUUGCGAAGAAUUUCAGCAGAUGUUCCUGAAACAACAAUCCAACCAAAAUAAAGAUACGGAACAAGUGGAGAGGCAAGCCGUAGCAUGCAGACAGACUGAGAAGAAGAACGCAGUGCUAUCGCAGUUCAGAAGAAAGAUCUUGAAACUUUCUAAUGCUGUUGAAGAAGAUAUUUCGGGCAUGAGCAAAUACGCUUUGGAAAAUAAAAAGCUUUCUUGGGAAAAGCAGUUCGAAGAUAUUAAACAGUUGCAUUUGGAACUAACCACCGAACAUGGAAUGGAAGAAGUAGACGACGAAUUAGAAGAGGUGGAAGAAAAAAUGAAUGCGAAAGUAUGCAAUGUAAUCGAAAAGAUAAGUGGCCUGAAAGAAGCCGCUCAGACAGUGGAAUUAAAAAGGAUUCAGAUUCCAUUCUUCGAUGGAAAUGUGGAGGAGUGGAGUUCUUUCCACGACUUAUUCAAAAAAAUGGUCGACGGUAAUGCUCAACUAUCGGAGGUACAAAAGCUAUACUACCUCAAAACUAACCUAAGAGGAGAGGCGUUUCGUUUGGUGCAGCAUUUACAAGUUACGGACGCAAAUUAUAAGGCAGCGUGGGAAUUAUUAGAGAAACGCUAUAAUAAUAAAAGAAUAUUAUUCACUAAACUGGUGGACAAAGUCUUGGAUCAUCCCAAUAUAAAUAGUCAAUCAGCAACAAGCCUUCGAAAGUUAUUGGACAGCGUGAAUGAAAGUAUUCAUGCAUUAAAAGCUAUGGAGAUACCGCUAGAUCAUGCAGACCCGAUUCUAGCAAGAAUUAUAAUAAGAAAGUUGGAUAAGGAUGGGCUCAUUCAAUAUGAGCAAAAUGUAAAAAAAUCAAAAGAAAUACAAAGGCUGGCGGAUGUGUUGGACUUUCUAGAACAGCAAUAUCAAGCAUUGGAGGCUUCGGCGGGCAGGAAGCAGUUCGUUCCAGUUCCAUACAAACAACUGGAUAGACUUGGAGUGACGGAGAAAAGACCAUGUCGGUUUUGCAUGUUCAUGGGUCAUGAUAUUGUGACUUGUAGAAAAUUUGCGGCACAAACAGCAAACGAAAGGUACAGUUGGGUGAAGGCAGCCAAGUUGUGCUUUAAAUGUCUAAAGCACGGAAAAGAAAACAAAUGCUUCAGCGAUAGUAAAUGCCAGAAAUGUGGAUUGUUUCAUAAUACCCUAAUCCAUCUGGAGGGAACGAGCAACACCAAGGCAAUGACAACCAAUACAGCUGCAAAUGUUCUCCUGGCUACCGCCCAAGUUCGUGUCAAGUCCGUGCAUGGAGAAUACAUCACUCUAAGAGCCUUGAUAGAUCAAGGAUCGCAAGUAACAUCUGUAUCCGAAGACGCAGCACAACUACUACAGCUGCCCAAAUUGAAGACAGACGUAAGACUAAGAGGUCUAGGUGAAACCAUGGUAGGCGUUGCAAAAUCGAAAGUAUUUUUGGUGAUAAGGCCAAGAUUUUUCAGCGAUACCAAAAUCGAAGCAGAGGCACUAGUUCUACCGAAGUUAGCAUCAGCACAUCCGGAUAACAAUUUCAAAUACAACAUUGAAAGAUGGGGAAACAUAAGUUUAGCGGAUCCCAACUUUAAUAAGUCUGAAAGGGUCGAUCUGGUAAUUGGGGCGGACCUUUUCCCACAAAUAUUGGAAGAUGGAGUUCGUCACGAUGAGCCGAUUGUGGCACAGAACACAAAGUUAGGAUGGAUUCUAUCGGGAACAAUACAAAUGAAGCCAGCAACGAACAACAUAAGGUCUGCAGCUACAACAACAAUUGAGCGUUUUUGGGAGAUCGAGGAGAUAGAAGGCGAAGAGACGAUCGCGGAAGAUGAUUUUUGCCUAAAACUUUAUGAGGAAACAACACGAUUAGAUCUUUCGGGAAGAUUUGUAGUACGGCUACCAUUAGUGGAAGACAAAAUUUUGGGAGAAUCGUACAAAAGAGCAAUGGCAAGAUUUUUAAGUCUAGAGAAAAGACUGGAAAGUUGUACAGAAUUGGGAACAGAAUAUAGAAAAACCAUAAAGGAGCUAAUAUCAAUGAAACACAUGGGGAAAGCAGAUCAAAUGAAACAAGGAAAAUAUUACAUGCCGCAUCAAGCAGUAGUACGCGGAAACAGUCUAACUACAAAAGUGAGGGUGGUGUUUGAUGCAUCAUCAAAAACAUCAAACGGGAGAUCGCUGAAUGACAUUCUUCAUACGGGUCCAAAAUUACAAAGAGAUAUAUUCGACAUCAUCACUAAAUGGAGGACAUGGAGAUUCGUUGUUUCAGCCGAUGUGGAAAAAAUGUUUAGGCAAAUAAACAUUGAUGAGGAAGACCAGGAAUAUCAAUAUGUACUUUGGAGAAACAGCAAGACCGAGCCUGUACAACAAUAUAAAUUAACAACAGUUACAUAUGGCACCGCAUCAGCUCCGUUCUUGGCUGUGAAAUCCUUGAUUGAAAUUGGAAAUAGAUGCAAAAAUCAAAAGAUAGCUGGAAAAAUUAAAGAGGAUUUCUAUAUGGACGAUCUGCUAACAGGAGCCAAUUCCAAGGAAGAAUGUCGGGAAGUUCAAAAGCAAAUAACGCAGGAACUAGAGACUUACGGGUUCCACUUAAGGAAAUGGAUCGCAAAUGACUCUGAAGUUUUGGAUGCUGUGAACAGAAGAGAGGAAAACGAAGUGUUACAUAUACAAGAAGAUGAGUGCCUGAAAACAUUAGGGUUGCAGUGGAACCCAACCAUGGAUUGUUUCACCUUCAAUAUGCAAAUAGGUGAGGAAGAAAAAUUACGAAGCGAUUAG